GUACUAAUCAUUUUGACACCACGAGAAGAAGCUCAUACCCGUUUUCCAGCCGUAAGUUCCUAUGGUUUAUUCAUAUCAUUUCAAUUUAACUAAAUGAGAAGAGAGAAUUGGUAGUUCAUUCAAUUCUAGUUCUACAUGGCUGCUUUAAGCUUCCCAGUUAUCACUUUUCCACAUAACCCAAAACCAAACUCAACUCUCAACAAUGAACAUUCUUCUUCAAACUUCCAACUCCUUCCACUCAUAGACCAAUGCACCCAUAUAAAGCAACUCAAGCAAAUCCACGCUCAAAUGCUCCGUACAGGCCUCUUCUAUGACCCCUACUCCGCCAGCAGACUAAUCACGGCCUCUGCUCUCUCCUCCUUCUCAAGUCUCCACUAUGCCCACCAAGUGUUCGACCAAAUUCCUCAACCCAAUAUCUAUACUUGGAAUACUCUCAUUCGUGCCUACGCGUCUAGCUCUGACCCUCGACGAAGUCUUCUAGUAUUUUUGCAAAUGCUUGAGCAGUGUAGUGAAUCACCCAAUAAAUUUACUUACCCAUUUGUGGUGAAGGCUGCUUCGGAGAUGAAGGAUUAUUUGGUUGGAAGAGGUUUCCAUGGAAUGGCAAUCAAGUCCUCUCUGGGUUCGGAUGUGUUUAUUCUUAAUUCACUUGUACACUUUUAUGGGUCGUGUGGUGAUUUGGAUAUGGCUAAUCAGGUUUUCCGCAACAUUCCCAGGAAGGAUGUUGUUUCGUGGAAUUCUAUGAUUGCAGCCUUUGCACAGGGGAAUUUUCCGGAGGAGGCAUUUUCUUUGUUUAAAGAAAUGGAAAUGGAGAACGUAAAGCCGAAUGAUGUAACAAUGGUUAGCAUUUUGUCUGCCUGUGGAAAUAAAUUGGAUAUUGAGUUUGGGAGGUGGCUCUGUUCUUAUAUUGAAAGAAAUGGGAUCACAUCGAACUUGACUCUUAACAAUGCAAUGCUUGAUAUGUAUGUGAAAUGUGGGAGUGUUCAAGAUGCUAAAUUGUUGUUUGAUAAGAUGCUAGAGAAGGAUGUUGUGUCAUGGACAACUAUGCUUGAUGGAUACGCUCGUUCGGGGAAAUACGACAAGGCUCAACAUGUCUUCAACGAGAUGCCUAAGCAAGACAUUGCUGCCUGGAAUGCCCUCAUUUCGUCUUAUGAGCAAAAUGGUAAACCCAAAGAAGCUUUGGCUGUUUUCCAUCAAUUGCAACUUAGCAAGAGUGUAAAACCUGAUCAAAUCACUUUGGUCAGUACACUAUCAGCUUGUUCCCAGUUAGGAGCUAUUGAUCCUGGCAGGUGGAUUCAUGUCUACAUUGGAAGGCAGGGUUUUAAGUUAAACUGUCAUCUCACGACCUCGCUCAUUGACAUGUAUGCUAAGUGUGGUGAGCUAGAGAAGGCAAUAGAGGUGUUUAAUUCAGUGGAGAAGAAAGAUGUAUUUGUUUGGAGUGCCAUGAUUGCAGGUUUAGCAAUGCAUGGACGUGGAAAAGAUGCAAUAGAUUUGUUCUCACAAAUGCUACAAGCUAAGGUGAAGCCGAAUUCUGUUACUUUUACCAACAUAUUAUGUGCCUGCAGCCAUACGGGACUCGUGGAAGAGGGAAAAGAUUUGUUCUGCAAAAUGGAGCCAGUUUAUGGAGUUGUACCUGGUGUGAAACACUAUUCUUGCAUGGUUGAUAUGCUUGGUCGUUCAGGCAAUCUGAAAGAGGCUGUCGAGUUCAUAAAGAAAAUGCCAAUAGCUCCUACUGCUUCAAUAUGGGGGGCUCUGCUUGGAGGUUGUAAACUUCAUGGAAAUGUUGAAUAUGCUGAAUAUGCUUGUAGCCAGUUACUUGAGUUGGAUCCCAGAAACCAUGGAGCCUAUGUUCUUUUAUCUAACAUAUAUGCCAAAAGGAAUAAAUGGGAUCAAGUUUCAAGGUUAAGAAAGCUAAUGAGAGAUUCUGGAAUAAAGAAAGAACCAGGUUGUAGCUCAAUUGAGGUCAAUGGCAUCGUACACGAGUUUUUAGUUGGUGAUAAUUCUCACCCUCAAUGUAGAAAUAUCUACACAAAGUUAGAUGAGAUUGUAGCAAGGUUGAAAUGUAGUGGUUACGUGCCGAACAAGUCCCAGCUACUACAGUUUGUUGAAGAAGAUGAUAUGAAGGAGCAAGCUCUCAACCUUCACAGUGAGAAGUUGGCAAUCGCCUUUGGACUUAUCAGUACUGCGCCAUCUCAAACCAUUCGUGUGGUGAAAAACCUUCGUGUUUGCAGGGACUGCCACUCGGUAGCUAAGCUUAUAUCUGAGAUUUAUGGCAGAGAAAUACUGCUGAGAGAUAGGUAUAGAUUUCAUCAUUUUAAAGGAGGACAGUGCUCUUGUAUGGAUUAUUGGUGAAAUAGAUGGCAGUGGUUCUGAUAAUAGGCUUAAAUAGGGUUGUUCAUCAAACCGUCUUCAAACUACCCGCACCACACCGUACUGCAAAAAAAUGCGGUUUGAAAUUCUUUGUGUUGUGGUCGCAGUUUGAAUUUUUCCUAAACCGCGCGGUGCGAUUUGCGGUUUUGAAGUGUUAAUAUGCGGUUUAAACUGCACCGCACAUUAUAAAAAUACAAAUUUUUAUAUUUAUUUAGGUCCAAUAUGUGAAUGUUGAACUCAAAGCCCACUAAUUAUUAUAUUGUUAAAACUUGAAUUUUUUUUUCA